GUGAUUGCCUUGUGAUAUGUAUAUUGGUGCACGUCCGAGCCUCGGAGAUGCUCUGACAGGUCUGACGGUGCGUCAAGUGGCGGAGCAGGGUAAAUUUGUUGCAACAAUCGAAUGUGUGUUCUAUGCAAGGCGUUGAUGAUACCAUCUCCUUUGAUAGUACAUACACCGCGACAGCUCGCAGGCGCUCUUGUCCAAUAUUGUGACAACUGUGCAUCCGUAGACAUUGAGCGCAAAAUAUGUAAGGGACUUGCUUAUGAUCUUGCUGAAUUGUUGCCGGAUCAUCGCAUAAUGAGGAUAGCACCUGAUAGCGUGCUCUGGGGACCGCCCUUGGCAAGUUGGAGCGAUACAUGAACCGGUUAUGUAUCGCACGAGAUCAGAUCUCCCUUGCGCUCACCUCCCGACUGGUCACCAUCUAUACUUCUACUUGGCUGGACCCGCUCCUCUGUGGUCCCACGGACGGAGGAAGACUCGUGGGCUGCAGGUUGAAACCCCGAUUUACGGAAGCUUCCUGAUCUGGAAUGCUCUAUACGGGGCGACCAGCUUGGAGUACUGUCCGAGUGGAGGGAUGCAGAUGCGACACGGAUGGCUACCGGCGGUGGUAGGGCUCGGAAGGCUGGGUCGAGGGCCCAUCCGCAUGCAGAGACGACGUUUCGUGCGGUAAAGUGACAGCGGCUUGCAGGAGUCAGGAAUGAGAAGAGGAAGUACCGGAAGCAGAGGAGGCGCCUGGGGUGUUAAGACGCUCCCAUUGGGCUCGGUCUCCGUCGAUUGCCGUUCUCGCCCCCGACGUCGACGUUGCGGCUACCCAUUUUCCAGCUCGUCCACUCACAACCCCCCCCCUCGUCGGCGACAUCUUGGCGGCAUAGCUAACGGCAUCGACCUGUCUUCCGCGCGCAACGACUCGGUCCUUGGCUUGGAUGUGAGGAUGCCUGCGACACAGUCUGGAAACUCAAACGGCCAUCUGUCCGCGGUUGCGGCAUCAGGUCCUGCUUCUGGAUCGGUCCCUAGGACGAAGCAAGUACGAGUGCGCUCCCCAGGGCCGGGCGCGAACGGACCAAACGAAACGGCGGAUAGCGCGGGGCUCGAUGCCCGCCCGCCUCCCAAGCGGGCACGUAAGGCUAUCAACUGCGAGCCAUGCAGGAACAGCAAACUCAAGUGCGACAGGUGCGUGCAUCGUGGACAUUGUUGACCAUCGCCUGCGCACCCUCUGGUCGUAUCCGCUUGCCCCCGCGCGCCCCCUCGGCAUUCAGCGUUGACUAAUUGAAUCUCCUCGCUGUCCUCGGAUAUCUAGAAACCGCCCUUGCUCGUCCUGCGUGCUCAGAGGGACCACUUCCCUCUGCUAUCAAGGUCACGAUACAGAUCCUUCAUUUCGUAGUGCCGUAGAUCAACAGUAUGUGUCCGUUCAGCACCGUCUCCAUCACUCUUCUGCGGAGAUCUCUCAUAUCCGUCAUCUUCGUCAAUCUCAGGCGGCCUCUUGAUGCUGCGGCCGAAUUCGCUCGCAUCCGACACUCCCUUAAUCUCCUCGAGCAACAUGUUAGCACCUAUACUCCUGGUCGCCCGACUCCCAAUGGCUACACCUCGGAGCGCCGUCCGUCUCUACCUCCUCACCACCCAUCUCCUUACGAUCCUGUCUCGACAUCAAGACUCAGUCCGGACUCUGAAGGUCCUUCGCACGAUAAGGAGAAGUCCGAAGACGUGGACAUGGCAAGUGCACCCGGCAUGCUUGGCCAGCUAGCCUCAGGUGGUCUAUUUGCGGGCGCCACCAGUGCUGCCUCUCACCUCAUCAACGCAUCCGACCGCGACGACAUCGACAACCAAAAUGACAGGUCUGCGUCUACUCCCUCGCCGCCCUCUCACUCCCGCGCAAUCGCCGACAACAUCGAUCACAACGGAUCCACAGGCGAUUGGGACCAGGAUCUGACCGCCCAGCUACCGGAUAUCCACAUGAUCGACGGCUUGAUUGAGUACUACUUCGAGUACUGCAAUUGGGUCUACCGGCAUGUGAACGAACCCGCGCUACUCGCCGGGUGGGAUCGGUACAAGAAGGGCAAGCAUGGCGACCGCCUCGUCCUCGCGACGGUCUGCAUCUUGAUCGCGCUUGCCGCUCGCUACCUCCCCCCAAGGCAUGCGCUCCUUCAGGGCAUGUCCGAGACCUGCGAGGAGCUCGGGCAAAAAUGCUAUAGCAUCAUGCGCACUGCACUAGACCGCUACCGCAAAAGCUCAUCCAGCCCGGGCCGAUCGUAUUCGCUUGAUCUAGUCGAGCUCCUCCUUGUCCGCAGCCAUUAUCUCACCUUCGCCAAAGAAGACCCAGAGGAGACAUGGAGCGUACGAGGGGAGCUUGUCACCAUUGGGACCGCUAUGGGUCUUCACCGAGAUCCGGGAUCAAACAGAUUCGAGAAGAGCGUCGCUGAACGGAGACGAUGGGCAUGGUGGCACAUCAUCCUACUUGAACGCUGGCAAGCCUUCAUGUUCGGACGCCCGCUAGCCAUCGCUUCGCAUCACUUUAAUACGCAAUUGCCGACAUAUUGCGACCCGUCCAUCGACAAGUCACAGCGCUUGUAUCUCCCCAACAUCGCCCUUUUCAAGCUCGCUUAUGUGCUCGGCGAUAUCAUGGACGAUGCAGUGUCCUUCCGUGCAGUCCCCUACUCCUCCGUGCAGGACAAAGACAGGAUGCUGACGGAGUGGUACGAGGCGCUCCCGCAAGAACUGGAUCUUGAUGAGUACCGGAUCGCUCGCUCGCUCGCAAGUCCUAUUACAUCCGUGCGUCGGCUCGGCGUGCAAAGUGUCAUCAUCCGCACCGCGUACCACCACAUCCGAUUUACCCUCCAUCGACCGUACGCGAAGGUGCCAGAGAGCCUCGAGAUCGCUGUCAGUGCGGCGUCUCAGCUCAUCGCCCUCGUCGGCCAGACGCGUCCUGAUUUCCUUUCUAACACCGCGCUUGCCGUUCCUGGACACAUGAAUUGGGGCCCCUUCCACGUCUUCUCGGCCGCGAUGUUCUUCUCCUUCCAGCUUAUUACGAAGCCGGACCAACCCGCCGCCAGCCUCUUCCGGGAGAACAUCCGGAAGUCGAUUGCAUCCCUAGAGUCUAGCCGAUGGAUGCCUGUUGCGGACAAGGCGUUGACAAUCCUUCAGGCGCUCGCACCACUCUACUCGGACGAGCUCCUCGAUCUACCCAGGGAAGAGCGUGAGCGGAAGAAGGCGCAGGUCCUCAGUCUGGUGCGGACGCUGGCGUUCCCGUAUCAAGACGCUCCGUACUCCCGUUCUGCGGAUUCUCCCGGAUACAAUCGUUACGACGCAGCCGCGUUCCAGGCGAGCGUCCAAGUGCAAAAAUCCUUUCCAAGUCGCUUGGAAGUCGCCAAACGCUCAGUCCCUCCCCCUCCCCCGUCUUCCCAUGCGUCAGCCCCACCUCACCCGACACAACCACCGGUAUCUGCCACGCGGUGGACGUCACAGCCGCAGUCCGAGAUCGGCAACGUGCAGUAUACCCAGCAAGGGCACCCGCAGCACGGGAUGCCCUCUCCCUACCCAGCCCAGCGCCCGUCGACGGCCUCCAUCUCCACCUCCCAGCCGCACGGACACGUAGCGCACCACCAGCACCCAUCGCCCCAUCAACAGCAGUACUCGCCCACGGUUCCGACGAGCAGCCAGUCGUUCCCAAUGGUGCGAUAUGCGACGCAACAGUCGGAGACGAUGCAGCAGCCGCUUCCGCACCACCAGCAGAUGUUCCGCGACAACGGCGUCGCGCAAGACCUUGCGUACAUCCACCCUGCCGACGAGAGCUCGAUGUGGGGAGCGUCGAUCGGGUUUGGGCUGUCGGAGUGGAACUCGUUCGUAGACGUCAUGCAACGUCCGGACAGCUUCACGACGAUGGUCCCGGGCCCAGGGCCGGCGCACUAGGUGGCCUCUCCCCAUUAUCGAUGACACGGCGACUGGAUGGUGCGCUGUUAAGUUUAUGGAGGCUCGAGUAAAAUAAACAGCCAUGAAAACGGUAGCGUAGGCCGCCGUGAGGACUUUCUAUAGGCGUGCACAGGUCAUGCCUCUGUUCGCCAUUGCUAUAUGGAAUGUGUCGGUAUUUAAUCUUGUGUCUUGUUCUACUGUUUAGCUCUCUGCGUAUCUGCUGCUCGUUGUGUCUUCUGCUGUGCUCAUACCAUCAUCUUGUAUCCAUUAUUACAACAUCUGUCAGGGUGUAAGUUGGACGUGUACAUACUUGAGCCUAUUUACUAUAUUUCGGUCUUGC